UGUAUGGAUGCCCUCAAUGCACUUGCUAGCCCUUCUCUCUGUCUGUGUGUGAGACGAUGAAGACUCCAUUCCGUCUAUUCUCGGCUGUUUUGCUCCUCCUUUUGCUGCUUGUGGCCACUGAGAUGGGGCCAAUGGUGGCUGAGGCCAGGAAAUGCGAGUCUCAGAGCCAUCGCUUCAAGGGUAUGUGCAUGAGGCACAGCAACUGUGCUGCCGUUUGCCAAACAGAAGGUUUCCAUGGAGGACACUGCCGAGGGCUACGCCGUCGAUGCUUCUGCACUAAGCAUUGUUAGUCUAUGUGAUCACACCUUCAGUAGGGUUUUGUGUGCUUAGGAAUAAGAUUAUAUAUAUGCACGGCUCCUGCAGUCGUCUCAUGUGAUUGUUAAUUUGUGUAAGCUUAUUUUGUCUUGAUGUCUACUAGACUACUUCCUUAUUAAGAUUAUGAUUUUUAUUUCCCCCCUCUACCUUUCA